AUGCAGAAUGACGACACAAAGGGAAUCACGAACUGGAACACCGUACUAGCCAACGCUCAAUCUGGCGGUCCAAAUGUCGCACAGAAGAAAAAGCCAAAAGCUCAAACGGGGAUAUUUGCUAACAAGGCUCCUCGGGCCUUAUUUUGCCUUACUCUCCAGAACAAAUACCGCCGUUUCUGCAUUAAGCUUGUUGAAUUAAAGGCCUUUGAUUAUUUUAUUCUUCUCACUAUCAUUGCCAACUGUAUCACGCUGGGCGUCCAAACACCUUAUCCGCAGAGCGACUCUGAUCCCACGAAUGAAAAAGUGGAAAACAUAGAAUAUGUAUUUAUGGUUAUCUUCACGUUCGAGUGCGUGCUCAAAAUCAUCGCUUAUGGAUUUACGAUGCAUCCGAACUCCUACCUCCGCAACGGAUGGAACAUCCUCGAUUUCACCAUUGUGAUCAUCGGCCUGGUGUCUACUGUCAUGGAAAGAAUCGUCUCCAAAACCACUGAUUUCAAAGCUUUACGUGCCUUUCGAGUGCUUCGACCACUUCGCCUAGUUUCUGGAGUGCCAAGUUUACAAGUUGUCUUGAACUCAAUCUUCCGUGCUAUGAUUCCACUUCUCCACAUUACUCUCCUGGGAAAGCUCCACGCCACGUGUUACAAAUUAGGAACCCAAACCUGGGUGAACGUCAGCGACCUUUAUGGACCAGAAGCGCCUUUAGUAUUGAAAGACCCUGGCGAUUUUUCCGUCGACGAAGACGGCUCGCCCUUUCCUUGCGAUCCUCAGAUAACGCAGGGAAGAGACUCUCGCUGGAAGUAUCAGCCAAAGUACAGCACCAAUUACAGUGACGACGACAAUCACGGCCGAGUUUGUCUUGAAAACGAGCUCUGCCUCGGCCCUGCAGCCUGUCUCACACUUGAUCCAGAGACGAACAUGUUCGACCCUAAUAAGCCGCAAGUCGACAAUUGCUACCACGACCCGGAAUGGCCCGGUUGGCGCGGUUGGGAAGGACCGCACGGCGGUAUCAUCAACUUCGACAACAUCUUCUUCGCCAUGAUCACCGUCUUCCAAUGCAUCACGAUGGAAGGCUGGACGGACGUCCUCUACUAUGUAAAUAAUGCUUAUGGACGAUUAUGGGCUCAGGGUUUCAUUCCCGUGCCUACGAUCUAUUUCGUCAGUUUGAUUAUCAUCGGCUCGUAUUUUGUGAUGAACCUAAUUCUUGGUGUUCUUUCCGGAGAGUUUUCAAAGGAAAGAGAGAAGGCGCGCGCCCGAGGCGACUUCCAAAAGCUGCGCGAGAAGACGCAGAUGGAAGCCGAUUUCAAGGGCUACUUGGAUUGGAUCACCCGCGCUGAAGAUAUCGAGCCAGAGGACGACGAUCUCGACGACAACUUGUCCCUGCUGAGGGAGAACUCGCGCCUCGGCAAGAUGGCGAUCAUCGACAAUCACAUCGACAUGCCGGAUUACGCUGGCAGUGACUCCAGCUCAAUCAAGCGAGCCAAUUUGGGCUGGUGGGGCAAGACCAAACGCAAAAUGUUUCCAGCUUGCUACAGCAAGAAAAACGAGUCUUUUCGCCGCUGGAAUGGACGAAACAGAAAACGCCUGCGUUUCUUGGUCAAGUCAAAAUCUUUUUACUGGUUCAUCAUUUUCCUCGUCUUUUUAAAUACUGUCGUGCAGGCCUCUGAACACUACAAUCAGCCCGACUGGCUCACCAAUGUUCAACUUGUCGCGAAUAAAGUGCUGCUUGGGCUGUUUACGGCCGAAAUGUUUCUAAAAAUGUAUGCUCUGGGACUUGUGACUUAUUUUUCGUCAUUGUUCAAUCGGUUCGACUGUUUCGUCGUUUGCGGCUCCAUCAUCGAACUCAUCCUUACCUCGGCUAAUGUCCUCGAACCACUUGGAAUUUCUGUUCUGCGUUGCCGAAUCUUUAAAGUGACCAAGUACUGGGAGUCACUGUCAAACUUAGUUGCCUCUUUAUUGAAUUCAAUCCGUUCAAUCGCCUCACUGCUUUUGCUGCUAGGACUUUUUAUAAUUAUCUUCAGUUUGCUUGGGAUGCAACUCUUUGGUGGAAAAUUCAACACAAUCGACCAGGCACAGACGCGCUCGAAUUUCGAUGAUUUUCUACACGCGCUGCUUACUGUCUUUCAAAUCCUCACUGGUGAGGAUUGGAAUUCUGUCAUGUAUUCUGGAAUCCAAGCUUACGAAGAAAAUGAAGAAGAAAAGAAACGCAAGAAAACUCUCCGCUUCCAGAAAAUCUCAAGGGUCUUCCGAAAACGCCAAGUUGUGGAACAAGUGGAGCAACAAGUCCAACUGCCCGAAGAGGUAGAGGAGAUUGACGAAGAAAUCGCCGAGAACCAACAUGUGCGAAUAGAAGUCACUUCCGCCUCGGACAGUGAGUCCCUUCAUUUGCCUGAGGGAGACGAAGACUCGGAACCUGAAGUGCCUUCUGGGCCCCGCCCGAAACGACUUUCUGAUCUGAACCUCAAGGAGAAAACGGUUCCUAUGCCCAAUGCGUCGGCUUUCUUCUGCUUGAGCACGACUAACCCCUUCAGGAAGAUAUGCCACAAGAUUGUCAACUUGAACGUCUUCAACAACAUCAUCCUCGCAUGUAUUGUCUUCUCCUCAAUUACUCUUGCAAUCGAAGAUCCGAUCGACGAGUCAUCGAGGAAAAAUCAAAUUCUGAAGAUUUUCGAUUACUUCUUCACUUCAAUCUUCACCAUGGAAAUUGUGCUCAAAGUGAUCUCCUACGGUGCCAUCUUCCACAAAGGCUCCUACAUGCGAUCUUGGUUCAAUCUUCUGGAUUUGCUCGUUGUUUGUGUCUCUUUGCUGUCGAUUUUCAGCGAUUCAUCGACAUCUGACAUUUCCGUGCUCAAGAUUUUGCGAGUUCUUCGAGUUCUGCGACCGCUGCGAGCCAUUAAUCGAGCAAAAGGACUGAAGCACGUCGUCCAGUGCGUCUUUGUUGCAAUCGGUACCAUUCAGAAUAUCAUUCUCAUCACUAUGUUGCUCAUCUUCAUGUUCGCUUGUAUUGGCGUCCAGUUGUUCAAAGGAAGACUUUAUGCCUGCAGUGAUAAUUCCAAGACGACCAUGGAAGAGUGUAAAGGCGAAUAUGUGGAAUUUGAAGACAACACAUUCAAUAAGCCUGUUUUGCGCCAGCGCGAAUGGCAGAACAGCGAUUUCAACUACGACACUGUGCACGGCGCGAUGCUGUCACUCUUCGUCGUGGCCACUUUUGAAGGCUGGCCAAGUCUGCUGUACAAGUCAAUUGACUCCUGGUCGGAGGACCACGGACCGAAGUACAUGGCUCGCUCUGGCGUUUCCCUCUUCUACAUUGCAUACAUUAUUGUCAUUGCGUUCUUCAUGAUGAACAUCUUCGUCGGUUUCGUCAUUGUCACCUUCCAAGAGCAAGGAGAAAUGGAAUAUAAGAACUGCGAACUCGACAAGAAUCAACGCCAGUGCUUAGAAUACGCGCUAAAAGCGAAACCCAUUCCACGAUAUAUGCCGUCAAAUCCCUGGCAAUACCGCGUUUGGCUCGUUGUCAACUCACCUUACUUCGAUUUAACAGUUCAGCACGACCAACAAAUCCCCAAUCUAACGACCCUACUUGGCUACCUAAAUGUUGUCUUCACUACGCUCUUUACCAUCGAAAUGGUCUUCAAAAUGGUGGCCUUCAAACCAAAACAUUAUUUCCAAGAUCCCUGGAACACUUUUGAUUUCAUCGUUGUUGUUGGCUCCAUUGCCGACUUGUUCGCCGAUUCCAAGGACAACAACCUUUCGAUCAAGGUUUCUUUCUUCCGUCUAUUUCGCGUUCUUCGACUUGUCAAGCUGCUUUCGCGGGGCGAAGGCAUUCGGACACUGCUGUGGACCUUUGUCAAGUCAAUCCGCGCUUUGCCAUACGUUGCCAUGUUAAUCUUGCUACUCUUCUUCAUCUAUGGCGUUGUCGGCAUGCAAAUGUUUGGCACCAUUCAGCCGCUCGAGCAUAAAAUGAUCAACGAAAAUAACAAUUUCAAAUCGUUCUUCCAGUCAAUGUUGCUGCUCUUCCGCUGUAUGACUGGAGAAGCAUGGCAAGAUAUUAUGCUGGACUCGGUGGCAAAUCGCGAAUGUAAUCAGCGCUACCUCCAGUCUUUGCCUGACCUGAAGGGAAUCGACUAUCCACCGAUUCGCCCUGAAGACGGCGACAAAGAAAAACAGCGUCUCUUCGAUAUCUACAUGGAGAAGAAGUUCUCUUGCGGUUCCAACUUUGCCUACGUCUACUUUAUCAGUUUCUACAUGUUUUGUGCCUUCUUGAUCAUCAACCUUUUCGUUGCUGUCAUCAUGGACAAUUUCGACUACCUGACGCGGGACUGGUCGAUCUUGGGGCCCCAUCAUCUGGACGAGUUUGCCCGCAUCUGGGCUGAAUAUGAUCACGACGCCAAGGGCAGAAUCAAGCAUCUGGACGUCGUUACUCUUCUGCGACGCAUUCAGCCUCCUCUUGGUUUUGGACGUCUUUGUCCACACAGAGUUGCCUGCAAGCGCUUGGUCUCGAUGAACAUGCCGUUACAGUCUGAUGGAACGGUUAUGUUCAAUGCUACUUUGUUUGCUCUUAUCAGAACCUCGCUCAAAAUAAAAACUGAAGGAAAUAUUGAUCAGGCAAAUGAAGAACUUCGCUCUGUGAUCAAGAAGAUUUGGAAGCGAACGUCCAUGAAGCUACUGGAUCAAGUCGUUCCUCCAGCUGGGAAUGACGAUGUGACAGUUGGCAAGUUCUACGCCACUUAUCUCAUCCAGGAAUAUUUCCGCAAAUUCAAACAGCGGAAGUUAGAGCGUCAGACCGGUGGCCAUCGAACUGCAGCCGCUCUCCAAGCCGGCAUUAGAUCGCUGCAAGAACUCGGUCCAGAGAUUAAGCGGGUUAUCUCCUCCGACAACAUCCACGCUGCUGCUGCCGCUGCCUCAGGAGAAGAUGGCGACUUUGUCGACGAAACUUGUUACGAAGACGAGGAGCCAGUUCACAGACGACGACAUUCACUUUUUGGAAACUGGGCGAAGAAUCAAAAUUCACAGUUCAAAAACUCCUCUGAUCCCGUUUACCACACUGUUCGUCCCUUGCAGGUCCAGAAAGUUUAUCCUAAAUACGACGACCCACGUGGGGAAAAGAGCUCAUUCCCAACGAUUACAACUACGAGAGCCACUAUGGCACGUCCAGCUCAUCCUCUUCAGCGAAGUGACCGUGCUCCCAUCGCUGUCGAAGAUGAGGACUCGUCCUUUCCAGAAGAUCAGGAGUUCACUGACGAGGACAUAAAUACCAACAACAACCACAUCGCAAAUCACUCAAGUGAUGCAACCUUCUUGGGCGUCGACCAGCCUGAAUAUCUCACAGAUACUACAGUUUCACAGCCGCAUUCACCAAUUGGAGCCUUAUCAAAUCUCGUCAACUCUAUUCGCCGCACAAUGGGCCGCAAACUACCUCCUACGCCCUUCCACAAGCCCUACUUGGAGGAGUCAGUAGAAACCUUCAUUCCGCAAAAUACCUCAAGGCCAUCGGUUGAUAGUCAAAGUUUCUACGAACGUCGCUCUCUCGGCCGGGCGAGCAACUACGAAGCCAGCGGCGCCUUCCACCAGCAGAAGUCGUACUCGUCCUCGGAAUCGGACUCUAGCGACCCGACCCGCGUGCCCAAGUACAACUCGACCGUGAUCGGCCGCAGCACGCGCAGCCUGAUCCAGCAAGUCUUCCUCGACGAAGAUCUGCCGCAACUCGCCGCCGACUCUGACAUUGUCUCAAUCACGGGCAGCGAAAUCGCCAACUCUUUCCAGAUUCCCCUGGAGCAGCUGGAGAACGCAGCAGAUGAGGUGAUUUCGACUAGCUCACGCUACUCGCUGGAGGAGAGCGGCUUCGCCCGCACUUCCAUGCCAAAUUACGACAGUUGGGUAGAAUCGACGUGA